AGUUAAUCUGGCUGUCAGUUGGUGUUAACGCUGCAGUUUAAGUGCUCCGAUUCCAAGGGAAACAGACAAACCUCACUGAAGGAAGGAAGGAAGCAAGCAAGGAAGGAACAGCAGGAGGAAAAGAACAGGCAGAACAGCGAGAAGAAUAAAGGGAAAGGGGGGAGAAACACCAAAUCUAUGAUUGGACCUGGGCUUCUUUUUCGCCAAUGCAAAAAGGAAUAUGCAGCACAUUUUUGCCUUCUUCUGCACCGGUUUCCUAGGCGCGGUAGUAGGUGCCAAUUUCCCCAACAAUAUCCAGAUCGGUGAGUGAGGGGGCAGCCUGGGGAGGGACUUUCUGGGUCUGGCCAGGGAUUUUCUGGGGCAUAGGGGUUGUGUACCCCCUCCCCGAUACUGACUGUUGUGCUUGGCUCCCUAAAGCUGUGCUGCAGUAACAGAAGGGAGACUUGGGCUGACAGCCAGAGGAGGGGGCUUCUCCUGAUAGGAUGAGGGCAGAGGGGAAGUGUUCGCACAUACACACAUCCCACUCGCACUCCAGGCAAGAGCAUGUGAAAUGGAGGAACUAUCGCUUUGGAGGAAAAAAAAAUCAGGCUGAAAGGGGUGGUGGGUGUUUAAGGAGUUAACUGUAUUGCUUGGUAGAUGGUGCUUGAUUCCAUUUUUAAUGGGGAUUAUUUCCAAACCAGCAGUCACAGGAACAUGCUGCUUUUAGAUUUGCUUUGUCGCAACUCACAGAGCCCCCGAAGCUGCUCCCCCAGAUUGAUAUUGUGAACAUCAGCGACAGCUUUGAGAUGACCUAUAGAUUCUGUUCCCAGUUCUCCAAAGGAGUCUAUGCCAUCUUUGGGUUUUAUGAACGUAGGACUGUCAACAUGCUGACCUCCUUCUGUGGGGCCCUCCACGUCUGCUUCAUUACUCCGAGCUUUCCCGUUGAUACAUCCAAUCAGUUUGUCCUUCAGCUGCGCCCUGAACUGCAGGAUGCCCUCAUCAGCAUCAUCGACCAUUACAAGUGGCAGAAAUUUGUCUACAUUUAUGAUGCUGACCGGGGCUUAUCCGUCCUGCAGAAAGUCCUGGACACAGCUGCCGAGAAGAAUUGGCAGGUGACAGCAGUCAACAUUUUGACAACCACAGAGGAGGGAUACCGGAUGUUGUUUCAGGACCUGGAGAAGAAAAAGGAGCGACUGGUGGUGGUGGACUGUGAAUCAGAACGCCUCAAUGCUAUCUUGGGCCAGAUUAUAAAGCUGGAGAAGAAUGGCAUAGGCUACCACUACAUCCUUGCGAAUCUGGGCUUCAUGGACAUUGACUUAAACAAAUUCAAGGAGAGUGGCGCCAAUGUGACAGGUUUCCAGCUGGUGAACUACACAGACACCAUCCCAGCCAAGAUCAUGCAGCAGUGGAAGAAUAGUGAUGCUCGAGACCACACUCGGGUGGACUGGAAGAGACCCAAAUACACCUCUGCGCUUACCUACGAUGGGGUGAAGGUGAUGGCUGAGGCUUUCCAGAGCCUGCGGAGGCAGAGAAUUGAUAUAUCUCGCCGGGGGAAUGCCGGGGAUUGUCUGGCUAACCCAGCUGUUCCCUGGGGCCAGGGCAUCGACAUCCAGAGAGCUCUGCAGCAGGUGCGAUUUGAAGGUUUGACAGGAAAUGUGCAGUUUAAUGAGAAAGGACGCCGGACCAACUACACGCUCCACGUGAUUGAAAUGAAACAUGAUGGCAUCCGAAAGAUCGGUUACUGGAAUGAAGAUGAUAAGUUUGUCCCUGCAGCCACCGAUGCCCAAGCUGGGGGCGAUAAUUCAAGUGUUCAGAACAGAACAUAUAUCGUCACAACAAUCCUAGAAGAUCCUUAUGUGAUGCUCAAGAAGAACGCCAAUCAGUUUGAGGGCAAUGACCGUUACGAGGGCUACUGUGUAGAGCUGGCGGCAGAGAUUGCCAAGCACGUGGGCUACUCCUACCGUCUGGAGAUCGUCAGUGAUGGAAAAUACGGAGCCCGAGACCCUGACACGAAGGCCUGGAAUGGCAUGGUGGGAGAGCUGGUCUAUGGAAGAGCAGAUGUGGCUGUGGCUCCCUUAACUAUCACUUUGGUCCGGGAAGAAGUUAUAGAUUUCUCCAAACCAUUUAUGAGUUUGGGGAUCUCCAUCAUGAUUAAAAAACCACAGAAAUCCAAGCCGGGCGUCUUCUCCUUCCUUGAUCCUUUGGCUUAUGAGAUUUGGAUGUGCAUUGUUUUUGCCUACAUUGGAGUGAGUGUCGUCCUCUUCCUGGUCAGCCGCUUCAGUCCCUAUGAAUGGCACAGUGAAGAGUUUGAGGAAGGACGGGACCAGACAACCAGUGACCAGUCCAAUGAGUUUGGGAUAUUCAACAGUUUGUGGUUCUCUCUGGGAGCCUUCAUGCAGCAAGGAUGUGACAUUUCUCCCAGGUCCCUGUCUGGUCGCAUCGUUGGCGGAGUCUGGUGGUUCUUCACCUUGAUCAUCAUCUCCUCAUACACAGCCAACCUGGCUGCCUUCCUGACCGUGGAGAGGAUGGUGUCUCCCAUUGAGAGUGCAGAGGACCUAGCAAAGCAGACAGAAAUUGCCUACGGGACGCUGGAAGCAGGAUCUACUAAGGAGUUCUUCAGGAGGUCUAAAAUUGCCGUGUUUGAGAAGAUGUGGACAUACAUGAAGUCAGCAGAGCCAUCAGUUUUUGUGCGGACCACAGAGGAAGGGAUGAUUCGAGUGAGGAAAUCCAAAGGCAAAUAUGCCUACCUCCUGGAGUCCACCAUGAAUGAGUACAUUGAGCAGCGGAAACCCUGUGACACUAUGAAGGUGGGAGGUAACUUGGAUUCCAAAGGCUAUGGCAUUGCGACACCCAAGGGGUCUGCCCUGAGAGGUCCCGUAAACCUAGCGGUUUUGAAACUCAGUGAGCAAGGCGUCUUAGACAAGCUGAAAAGCAAAUGGUGGUACGAUAAAGGGGAAUGUGGAAGCAAGGACUCCGGAAGUAAGGACAAGACAAGCGCUCUGAGUCUCAGCAAUGUGGCGGGCGUGUUCUACAUCCUGAUCGGAGGACUUGGACUAGCCAUGCUGGUUGCCUUAAUCGAGUUCUGCUACAAAUCCCGUAGUGAAUCCAAGCGGAUGAAGGGUUUUUGUUUGAUCCCACAGCAAUCCAUCAAUGAAGCCAUACGGACAUCGACCCUCCCCCGCAACAGUGGGGCAGGAGCCAGCAGCGGCGGCAGUGGAGAGAAUGGUCGGGUGGUCAGCCAUGACUUCCCCAAGUCCAUGCAAUCGAUUCCUUGCAUGAGCCACAGUUCAGGGAUGCCCUUGGGAGCCACAGGAUUGUAACUGCAGCAGAUGGAGACCCCUUGGGGAGCAGGCUCGGGCUCCCCAGCCCCAUCCCAAACCCUUCAGUGCCAAAAACAACAACAAAAUGAAACGCAACCACCACCAACCACUGCGACCACAAGAAGGAUGAUUCAACAGGUUUUCCUGAAGAAUUGAAAAACCAUUUUUCUGUCCCUUUUCCUUUUUUGAUGUUCUUUCACCCUUUUCUGUUUGCUAAGUGAGGAUGAAAAAAUAACACUGUACUGCAAUAAGGGGAGAGUAACCCUGUCUAAUGAAUCCUGUGUCUCUGACAGUAGAGUCACUGGAACACUAAUGAGGAAACUGCACUGUUUUAUUUUAAUUCAGUUGUUAGUGUGUCUUAGUGUGUGCAAUUUUUUUUCUUACUAAUAUCCAUGGUUUGCAGGUUCUGUUAGGCCCUUUCCUUCUCCUUUCUUCUUAUCCCCAACUCCUUACCCAUCCCUCUUCAGUUUUCAGAUUGGAGAUUCAAUAUUUGUUCCACUUUACAAGCAAGAGGGAAAAAAGCAACCUUCAAACUAAUUCUCCAUGGGGGCUUUCCAUGUUACCCUCCACUCCUUGGCCCCAAGCCUUUGAUGGGGACAGACAUUGUUGGAGAAGUGGGCUGCCUUCCCCAAGUGGGGCACUGCUUAAGCACUGAUUUAGUGGAGAACACAGGUGAAAAGCAACUCAGGAUGAGGGUGGUGGAGAGGGCAGGGGCAGAUGUGCAGUCAGAGAAGGACUCCUCAAGUUACUGCUGAUCAGAAAAACAGUUCCUUUAAUGUGGAAGAGCCAUUUCACAGGCCAUAGGUGGUAUGGUAUAUUUCUUCAGAGUCAACCUCGGCCCUGAGAAGUAUGUCCUUCUGGUGUGCUCAGGCUCAACGGCAGUCUGGUAGCUGAAGGCACUUGGCCUCCUAAACCAAGCAGAAUUUUGGGAAGAGAUAACAGCCAGGGAGAUAUUGCCCAUGAUUCUCACUUUUUCUUUGCCUGGUAUCUAAGCAGGAACCCAUUGUGGGGUAGAUUCUCAUCUUCUAUGGAGCCUCUGACAUGGGGAGCAAUGCUAUGCAAGCUAAGUGUGAAAGAAAGGUGACAGAAUAAUUUUGGAAGAGGAAGCCUCAUCAAAAGUUCAUACAAAAUAGAGCUUUCCAUGGUGUGCCCUAUCCUAGGUUUGAGAAAAUACAUAUGAAGUUUAUGCUCAUGCAAAGAACUUGGGUUUUUAUGUUAAUAUAAAGUGUUGUUUUAGCAUGUGGCCAGAUAAUGCUCUAUCAUCUUUAGAAAGUGAGAUACCCCAGGAAAUAAUUGAAGACGUAUAGGGAGAUGGAUUAAGUUGAUAAUGACAUUUAGGGCACCUUAAGACCUUCGAUCCCAGGUUCUCACCCAAGGAGGCUGACCUUCCCCCAGCUAAGACAGCAUGAGAACGUUGUAUUGCAAUAUACCUAUGAUUGGGGCUACAAAGCUGAACUAAAGCAAGAUUGGUGAAGUGGCAGGGUUUAUAGAGAGAAGCCCAGGGUGAGUGCAACUUUGGUUGGAAGUGAGAAUCCCUGAUACAUAGCUUUCUUGGAGAUCCCAACUCUCAUUCUUGGUGCAACUGGCUUCCAGCUCUCCAGCAGUCACUCUCCUAGGUGCAUGAUUCAGUGCGUGCCAUGUGUCAUUAGCUUUUACUGAUAACCGUGCUCUGGCUUGUUCCCUUACCCCCUACUUCUAUCCAAUUUUCUCUGCUAGGGGUUAUCAUUAGCAAUUGACAUGCUAAAGGUUUUGGAGCCUAUCUAGGGGUAGGUGCAGCUUGACUGGCUUUUCGGUGGAUUCUCUUGGUGGACCCACAACAUCUCUAUAUCUCUCCACUCUCCUGUCAUCAGCCAUAGCAAAGAAUCCUUCCAAAAUCAAACUCUUCCCUUUUUCGACUCAAGUGUUGUUGUUCAGUCUCUCGCGUGUCAAUGUGGGCAUGGUUCAUGAAACCAGACCCUCAAGAUGGAUGAUUGCUUUUCACUACUGCCAUCUGAUGUCCCUCAGCCCCUACCCUUGCACAAGAUUUUUCUCAGCCUUCAGACUACCACUGCAGAAUCCUAAGUGACCCACCAUUAAGGUGUCUGCAUCUUGGAAGAGUUGGAAAUAACCUUUUAACAUCAACAUGCUUCAAAGACUUUUUGCCUUUGGCCUGGUAAGACACCUCUCCAGCUACUGAGCCCACCAGUAACAUGAGCGGAUAAAGAGAGACUUGUUUGUGCUAGAAAUGAGGGUCUAUGCUAUGAGGGGGUCCAAGACUCUGGCGAAAUAUGCUUUUUCAUCAAUGGAGAAAUGAAAGGAAAACAAAAGCAAGAAAAAAGUUAACUUGUAUUAUGUAUUUUUACUACACUUUUCUUAAAAAUAGAAUAUUGGGGAAACUCUGAAAGAGACUGACAUUUUUCUCAACAGGAAUCCAUACUUAACAGUUCUGGCUUUCAUUAAAUUUUGCUCUUUGGUACCUGGGCCUUUUAUUUAACAUCUAUAUUUGUUUUAACUCUCCUAGCAGAUGUGUGAAAGGAUUCUUGCUUGAUCAAACACUAAAUAUUUUUUUGGUUCCUGUUUUUCUUUCAAAUAGCCAGGUUUUUUUUCUUUUGGUAUUUGCAUAAAAUGAAAAUAUCACCAAAUAUUAAAUCACUGUGGAUCCAUUAUCUA